GGCAGCGGGCACCGCACUUCAGUCGCGUUCGUGAUGGCGAGGAGAGAGGUAGGAGCUGCCGGCGCUCGGCUGCUGCUAGCGGCGGCCGCGGCUGCAGCACUCGCCGCCUGCUGCCUCUGCCAGGGCCUGCAGCUGUCCGAGCAGGAGAAGAAGUGCGUCGACCAGUACCGCAUCCUGUACCCUGAGGACAACGUGUGUUACAAGCUGGGCACCAAAGGGCCGUGCGAGGACGGCGAGCUGCUGUUCCUGGACGACUCGGAGGCCGACGAAGGAGAACAAGUCAAGCCGACGCCGGUGUGCAAGCAGUGCCGGUGCUGCCACCGCGGCACCACGGCCGUCUACUGGAACGCGACGGGCGAGUGCCUGCUGAGGAUCAGCGAGGGGCCGCGAGUCUGUCCGCACGCGGGCACCGAGCUGCGCGAGGACGCCUUCGGCCUGGGCGAGUGCGCCUGCCUGCCCGGCCACGUGCGGCCCACCGCCCCCGCCGCCACCGCCAGCGGGGGCGCCAGCAGCGGGGGCUGGGGGGUGCCUCUGUACCUGACGACGGCGCCGCCCGCGCCGGAGGACUCGGGACGCUGCUGGCCGUUGUUCCGGCGCGGCCCGUGCGCGCGCGGCCAGGUGCUGCGGCCCGGCGGCGACUGCGGCGCCGACGAGUGCCGGCGCGAGAACGCGGGCGGGGGCGGGGGCGGGGCCACGUUCGUGCCGCUGUUCGGCCGCUGCCGCCGCCUGGGCGACCCCUGCCCCCGCGCCGGCGUCCCCCCGAACUCCACCGUGGGGAUCAGCUCCUACACCGGCAAUCCGACCUGCGUCGACCGCGACACCAACCCGCUCAACCUGGUGGACCCGCCCGCCAACUGCCCCACAGCCGCCGGUGGCGAGGGCUGCGAGAAGGUGGUCAACGUGCCCAAGGACGGCGACGACUACUAUCAGAAGUUGCUCGAGGCGGCCGAAAAGCGCCGCCGCAAGCGCCGCGUGCGCCCCAAUGCCGUAGCUUAGGAACGCCUCGAUGCCGUACCGUGCCAUCGUCGCCUGGCAACGUCUCGAUGCCGUGACGAGUCGUUGCCUGGCAACGCCUCGAUGCCGUGACGAGCCGUCGCCUGGCAACGCCGCAGUGCAGCACCGAGCCGUCGCCUAGCAACGCCGCAGUGCAGUACCGAGCCGUCGCCUGGCAACGCCGCAGUGCAGUACCGAGCCGUCGCCUAGCAACGCCGCAGUGCAGUACCGAGCCGUCGCCUAGCAACGCCGCAGUGCAGUACCGAGCCGUCGCCUAGCAACGCUGCUGUCGCGCGCCGUCGCCCAGCAACGGCGUUGAAUCGUGCCGUCUCCUAGCAACGCCGCGCUCCAGUGUCAUGCGGUCGCCUAGCAACGUCGCCAUGGUAUCGCCUGGCAAUACCCUCACUGCAUCGACCACCCCACCAGCAUGGGCCAGCAGUAAUCUUGACAUUCCAACUACUGCCCACGCACUCUAAAGCGACUCUCUGCAAUGUGACUGAUGAGAAUAACUCAAUUGAUAAAGAUCGAAAUACAGGGAGCUCUCGAUUAUGCUAAUUAAUAUGGACCCCCGUUAAUCGAAAAUACAUGUUUCAACUCGAAACUGCUACUUCUUAUAUUUGUCUCAUUUGGAAAGCUUACUGGCUUACUCAUGAAAACAAAACAAAAAAAAAUAUA